CCAUUAACAUUCAUUAGAAAAGCCAUGGCUUCUUGGACUACCUUCUUGUUCUUGGCUCUAACUCUUCUUUUCUACACCCAAUCUUCUCUCGGGAUGAUUACUUGUGAAGAUCUUGACCAAAACUCAUGUGCUUUCGCUGUUUCAUCUUCCGGGAAUCGAUGUGUUCUCGAGAUGAAGUUGAGGAGGAGUGGGUAUCUAGAGCUUUUUUGUCGAACAUCAGACAUUGAGACUGAAAAACUGAAGGACUAUAUUGAGAUCAAUGAAUGUAUCAAGGCAUGUGGACUUGAUAGAAAUACAGUUGGAAUCUCCUCAGAUUCUCUCUUGGAUUCUCAUUUCACUCAGAAACUUUGCUCUUCUAAGUGCUAUAAUUCUUGCCCAAAUAUUGUUGAUCUAUACUUCAAUCUUGCUGCUGGUGAAGGUGCAUUUCUCCCGAAAUUAUGUGAAGAUCAAGAAACUAGUGUUCGUCGGGGAAUAUCAGAGAUUCUGAGCUCCGGUAUAGAAGCUGCAGGGCCAGUGUCUGGAAGAUCAAUUGCAUGGGCUCCUUCUGCUCUUAUUGAGAAAGGUCUUGCUAGUGAACCUGCAGAAUCACCAUGCUAAUUUUUAUCAUUUUAUGCCUCAACUUCUCUUCAAAGUUUGCUUGGAGUGCUCUUGUUGAUCUUGAAAUAUCUAUAUAUCUGUUUAUGUAUCUGUAAAAGUUGGUAAAAUUUAAAAAUUUUACAUAUGCAAUGGAUUAUUUAUAUAAAA